AAUCCAACUGGAAUAAAUAGACAGACAGUAGAGGUAUGUAUCUUUCAUUUCAAUUUUGUACAUUUAUUAUCGCCCAAUACCCUCAACGCAGUGACUAAACCUAAGGGCCAAAUUAGUAACUUGGCUUUCAACAUAAUUACCACCCAAUCCCAUAGCAAACUCAGUGUAAACGAUAAGUAAGCAUUGCUCUGCUCCCUCGAUCGUAAAUUAAAAUGCAAUCGUUAUCGUUAAGUAGUACUAAGAGUUUGGCGGGUUUACGGUUGCUGGGUCAGGAUGCGAGGCUGAAGAGAAAAAGUAGCAUCGUCGUGGUGGCUUGUGGUGGUAGUUCGGAUAGUGAGACUCCAACCUCUAACAGCACCAGCUCCUUUCUCUCUCGGACUCAAACCUACGCUCUCUUGAAGCAACAAAUGGAAGUUGCUGCUAAAUCCGAGGAUUACAAGGAAGCCGCUAGAAUUCGAGACUCGCUUAGGUUAUUUGAAGAAGAAGAGCCUGUUUUGCGUUUAAGGAGGCUAAUCAAGGAAGCAAUUGCUGAUCAGAGAUUCCAGGAUGCAGCUAGUUAUCGUGAUGAGCUAAAAAAAAUUGCCCCACACUCUCUUUUAAAAUGUUCCAGUGAUGCUACAACAUUGGGAGUCAGGGUUCAAGUCAGGAGUGUAUAUAUAGAGGGCAGAAGUCAACCUUCAAAGGGGCUAUAUUUUUUUGCUUAUAGAAUAAGAAUUACCAAUAACUCAGAUGACACCGUUCAACUUCUUAGAAGACAUUGGAUUAUUACUGAUGCUAAUGGGAGAUCAGAAAAUGUAUGGGGGAUUGGGGUUGUUGGUGAACAGCCAGUGCUUCUUCCCAGGACUAGUUUUGAGUACUCAUCGGCAUGCCCAUUAAGCACACCAAAUGGUAGAAUGGAAGGUGAAUUUGAGAUGAUCCAUGUUGAGAGAGUAGGCUCGCGUUCAUUUAAUGUGGUCAUUGCUCCGUUUUCUCUCGCUCUGCUUGGAGAUGAUGACUGCAAUACUAUUUGAGAAUUGAGAUCAAACUGCAACAUCACCUUCAGUGAUCAUGUCCAUUUAUUAGCACCCCGAGUGUGGAAAGGAAAAGAUUAUCGUUCUCACCACCAUUCUGAGAAUAAACUAUACAAAUAUAUAUGUACUACUUUGUUGAAUUGAAACGUGAAAGACUAAGAAAGAAAUCAAUAUUUAUAGAUAUAGAUAAUAGACAGUUGAAAUUCUGUUCUGUUUCCAACUCCUACGUAAGCAGGAGAAAUAGAUAAAUCAAUCAAUGGACAGUCGAUCCCCAUAAAGACUUAAA